GAGAAAUAGAGAAGAUGGCAAUGGCGUUCAAAAUGACGAGGACGGCGGCGAUGUGGGUGACGGAUGAAUGCAAGAACUCAUUCAUGGAGAUGAAAUGGAAGAAGAGUCAUAGGUACAUCGUGUUCAAAAUCGACCAAGUGAGUAAGUUGCUGACGGUGGAUAAACUGGGGUCGCCGGCGGAGAGCUACGACGAUCUGGCGGCGUCGCUUCCAAACGACGAUUGUCGUUAUGCUGUGUUUGAUUUCGAUUUUGUUACGGUGGAUAAAUGCAGGAAGAGCAAGAUCUUCUUCAUAGCCUGGGCUCCUACGGAAUCGAGAGUAAGGGAGAAAAUGAUGUAUGCAAGUUCGAAAGGUGGAUUAAGGAGAGAGCUUGAAGGUAUACAUUAUGAAGUUCAGGCUACUGAUCCAACUGAGAUGGGUUUUGAUGUCAUCAUGGACAGGGCCAACUGAUCAAUGAGACUGAUAUAUAUAUAUAUAUAUAUGAAGAUGGGUUUUCAUUUUUAAUAUACAUAUAUACAUACCAGCUUCAUAAUUAGAAGGAUAGAUCAGAUUCAGGGCUUACAUUUAAUUAGCUAAUGUUUGUUUAUCAAUCAAUUCUCUUUCAUUUCUUUCUGCUAAUGAUUAUGAUUAUGAUUAUGAUGAUGUGUGUUGUGUGUAGAGAAACAUGUGCCCUGUUUUGGAAUUUCUCUAAUAAAAACAUCUCAUUCAAAAUUAAC